AUGGCAGAUCUACACAUUCAUUUCCAUUAUUUUGAUAUGAGAUACGAGUAUGACAUUCGAGAUGAAGAUUACUUGAAUACGAGGGAUGCGAGGGAUGCGAGGAAUAUAAGGGCGGAUAUUGCGGGGUUGAAGGUGGAGGUUAGAGAACUGAGAGCCGAACUGCUGCUGAAGGAGAGGAUAAUUGGAGGAUUGGAGGAGGAGGUAAGGGUGAUGAGAGAAGAGAUAAGAGGCAUGAGGCAGGAUGUGAGGGGGGUGAGGGAAGAGGUUUUGGGUUGGAGGAACGAAAGAGCUCAGGUUAGAGAGGAUGUAAGAGAAACGAGGCAGGAGAUUGUAGGAUUGAGAGGGGAGAUUGCGGGGUUGAGGGGUGAGAUUGUAGGAUUGAGAGGUGAAAUUGUGACGGGGCAGAGAGAAAUAUUGAGAGAUUUGGUGGCCAUUGAAAGUUUGAGAAGAGAGGUUGUGGAAGGAUUGACGAGGAGGGAUGCGGACAGUGCUCAGAUGGAACGACGGCUAAUGGGCGAAGUUCAAGAUCUGAGAAGAGAAGUUGUGGAAGGAUUGACGAGGAGGGAUGCGGACAGUGCUCAGAUGGAACGACGGCUAAUGGGCGAAGUUCAAGAUCUGAGAAGAGAAGUUGUGGAAGGAUUGGCGAGGAGGGAUGCGGAAAAUGCUCAGAUGGAACGACGGCUAAUGGGCGAAGUCCAAGAUCUGAGAAGAAGAGAUGCAGAAAGAGUACAAAGAGAAGAUGAAUUGACAAACGAGGUGGGUGUUCUUAGGAGAAGGGAAACAGAAAACGAGGCAGUAGUACAGGCUAUGGGGAUUGAUACAGAGAAUUUUAGAAACAGGAUAGAGGAGUUGGCAGAGGAGAAUAGGCAGUUGACGGAGAGGGUUGUGUGGUUGGAAUUGCAGAGGCCGGAAAUCGAGGCAGACGUCGAGCCAGAUGAUUAUAAAGAGGUUGUUGAAGGCAAGAGGAAGAAAAACAAGAAAGGGCGAUGCAAGUGGCCGAAAUUUUAUACUGGGAGGAAGAGAAAUGGUGUAAGAAAGGAGCUAGCUUUGAGACUUGUGGAGUAUAUCGCGUAUACUUGA